UAACCUCAUAUCUACUUCCUAACUACUAGUCCAACAUUCCCUCCUAAAAAUUUGGACUAAUAUUAGGAAUAACAUGGGUAGAAUUACAAUUACAAGUACACUUACUUUAUCAUUUUUUCUCAUUAUUCUUGUUUAUUCAGCUAGUGCUAACAAUUCUAUUCCUAAAGGUCUUUCCUAUGAUUUUUAUAACAAAACUUGCUCUCAACUUGAGGACAUUGUCAGAGCUACUCUUGUUCCUGUAUUUACCAGUGAUCCUACUUCUGCUGCGGCUCUCCUAAGGCUGAUGUUCCAUGACUGCCAAGUUCAGGGUUGUGAUGCAUCAAUUCUAAUCGAUGUGUCAAACUCGGCCUCCUUAGAGCCACCAGAGCUGGGGGCAAAAAAGAACUUUGGGAUUAGAAAGAGGGAAUCAAUUAAUCAAAUAAAGUCAAGGAUUGAAGAAGAAUGUCCAGGACAAGUCUCCUGUGCUGACAUUAUAGUGUUGGCUGCGAGAGAGGCAGUGGCUAUUUCUGGGGGUCCAAGAAUAAUAGUUCCUUUAGGUAGGAGAGACUCAAUCUCGGCUUCAAGUUCUGAAGCCGCUGAUGCUUCCCUCCCUUCACCUGAUUUUGGAGUUGAUGACGCUCUAAGCCUUUUUGCCAAGCUUGGGAUGACUACUCGGGAAGCAGUUGCCAUUAUGGGGUCACAUACUUUAGGAGUCACACAUUGCUUAAACAUCAUGGAUCGUUUGUAUAGGCCAUCUGACGCGAGAGGGAGCUACAUGGAUCCUAGAUUUGAAGCACUCUUGAAAUUCAGCUGUCCUGAAAACAUACCCUUUUCUCAAAAUAUAAGUUUUGUGCUUAAUGAUCCUUCAGCAUUUAUGUUUGACAAUUUGUACUACAAGAACUCCCUGCAGCGUCGAGGUGUGCUAAGGAUUGAUGCAGAGUUGCCCCUAAACACUCGAACUGCAGGGAUUGUGGAACAAUUUGCAUCUAAUGCCGAUGAUUUCUUUCAAGAAUUUGGUUCUGCUUUUUUAAAGCUCUCAUAUGCAGGAGUGUUAACUGGUAAUCAUGGCAUAAUUAGGAGCAUGUGUAACUUCGUAGACAAUUAAGUAGUCAUGAGUUGCUACCUAGCAGCAUGUACUAUUGUAUUUAUCACUAAUAUGUUGUUAAGUUAUGAUCAUCAUGUUAUGUUAAAAGCUCUGUUGUGUACUUAAAUUUGAUUUUAUGAGAA